AUGUCUGAGAAAGAAUACACUCACAAGUCUACACACUGGUUCGUCCGAAAUGCAGAUGAUUUUUUGGCGUUAAAUUAUGAAACAUGGCUAAUACGAGAGUUUCAGUCGGAACUACCUCCAAAAAGCUCAGUAGAAGCGUAUAACAGAUGGUCACGUGGAAUAAUAGAAGCUAAAAAUCACGUAACUAUAUCCGAGCUCCAUAAUUUGGAAAAAGCCGAAACCGACACGCGUUUACUGGGUAAAAAGAUGUACUCUCUUCUUCCAAACGGAAGCGAGAAUAGCAUCAUCCUUUGGGCGUUUUGUGCACAACUCUUCUUCCCAGAUGGAAGCGAGGAUAACGCUCAUUUUGAUGUUUUGUGUAAUACUCUCUUCUUCCAACGUGAUCGUCUAUUUAAAUCAAUUUCAAAAAAGCAUCAAAACAAAUAUUUGCAUGUAAAAGAACAAUGGAAGAAGGAUUUUAAAAGAAACAUAGAGGAAAUGCAGAAAGCAAUGAAACAAGCCAGUUGGAUGAGUAAAGAUAAACAACACAAGAUCGAACAAGUUGUUGAUGCGUUCACCAAGACAAAGUUAGAACGUCUUCAUUUUACAUCACCUAGUGUUAUUGGAGUUCUUGACACUACAAAUUCGCAUGAUCCAACAUUCAGUCUUCUCAGUUCCAAAGAUCGCACAUAUUUUAAAAAGGUUAUGAUCGAUGAUACUGUAUUUUCCAUUGUAGACAAAUUAGUUCAGCUUUUCGUAAAAACAUAUAAAAAUGAAACUUGGGAGUUUUGUCACGAUGUGCCUUUCGUAGUACCUGAAGCUCUUCAAGGUCAUGUGUCAAAACAAGAUGAAUCUUAUGUAAGAUGCGCAAUUGGGUUGCUAAAUAGACUCCGACACUUCUGGCGUAAUGAAAAACAUCCUGUUCAUGGUAUGGACAAGAAAAAUCCACCUGAAAACCAUAUUACUGUCACACAGACAGGUCAUUUGAUUGAUGAGCUUUUUUUCGGUCUUGACGCUCCAUAUAUUUUAACAUGGGGUGAUGAAACGUCAGAGGCAAGCGCUGAACGGAUUCACAAAGAAAAUAAUAGGAAUGGACGUAUACCUGAUUUUCGUUUGCGAAUUGUUAUUCCAAAGAGAAAAGUUGAAAUCAUGGUUGGCGAAAGUUGUCGAAAUGGUGCUGAUGAUAAUAAAGUAACAGGAGAUCGUGAAAAAAUGAUAAGAAUGAUGAAGGAUGCUGAAGAACGACUAGAAAGAGAAUUAGUCAAUUACAAAAUCACAGACAUUAAUCAUGAGAUCAGAGAACAAUUUAGCGACAUAGAUCUAUUCGCUAUUCAAUCAAUUGGCGGGAUAUUUUAUCGAUUACGAAAAUUUGCGGUUGUUUCUAUCCCCUUUUCACCAUCUCAAGCGGAAGAUGUGGAAGACUUUAUACUUACAUUACUCAAGUUUCGG